AUGCAUUCCGGACCACGACCAUGGGGGCACCGAGGGAAGCAACCAACGGAGCUGCCGGGCCCCUAUCUUCAGGCCAUGCUCAACGACCGCACAAUCGACGACGGUGCCUACAAAAGAUGCGGUACGGUUCUCACAAAUUGGCUAAUUAAAACGGGAAAACUAGUCAAUUGUAGAUCGGUCGAUCUCACGAAUGUACGCCGUAAAUUGACUCUCACUCAGCUCGAGAAGGUAGCACAAAGUAUCGUCAAUUCCUCCAAUCCAUCAAUCGUGGUUCCAAUCGAGAUAAUCUCUGCGGUCCAGGUGAUCGUUGCUGGUCGUCGAGAAACCCAUGAGUGUCACCUCCGGGCCUAUGCAGUGAAUCCAUCCCCCGAAAUAGCGCAAAAAAACGACAGUCACCGUCACGCUUUGACGGUACAUGAAAAUGUAUUAGCGUUCCUUCAGUUGAAUUCGGAAUCCCGCCAUGUUACCUCGACUAGUUCCUCGGAGUCUUCGGUGCACGACUGUGGCGACGACUACGAAAGCGCUACUGAGAAUUCAAUCCCCUGUGGCCCAGGGUUAGCGGCAGGACGUCCAAAGGUCUGCAUAAAAGACAUUCCAGCCAUCUUUAGUCUUCUAUCUGACCUUUCCGAGACACGACUCUGGGUGAAGAAGAUAUGGCGAGGUUUCAAUGUGGGCGAGAUCAGCUUCAUUGCGGUAUCGAAGAUGACGGAUAUAGCCUUCCGCAAGUGCCAGGAACUCAUUACAGUAUUCGAAGCCGAGUACUCUUGCUGUUGCUCCUACCAGGCUAUUCUCAGGGGCUGGGAUCUGAAUGACGAUGUGUGGAUUGCAGCUCUCGAUAUGUCAACAAGCGGUGGCGUGCACAAAUCUGAUACUGGACUACUUGCCGAGGUUUGCUCCUACAUGCCAGCGUAUCGUGUCACUCACUACAUCACGGGACGAAUGUUCCAAACUAGGACGGGCUCUCCGGACACCGGUGCCCGUCCAGUACUCUCUCAGUCGGGUGCACUCCAUCCAUUCCUCGAAUCGUUGGUUGCUGUCGUAAGCCAGCUCUGCUCCUUAUCGGACGAUUCUCAUGGCCACUCUGCUGGGGAUCCGCUUGAUCACGAGCUCGACACUUUCACUCACGAGUUGUUGAAAAGUCGCCCAGGCGAAGAAUCGAUGCUGCUUGUCGCGAUGAUGCGUAUGUACUUAGACAUAUAUGAUUCUCUUGCUGGCGAUCUCCAGCGUGACAUGGUAAGUUCGAGACAAAUUCUUUGCCAUCUCGAAGCAGCCAAACACCGCUUCUUCCAGUUCUACACCGGUUGUAACGACAAUUCCCAAGCCAAUGGGACGACUAAGUGCUUGAGUGAACUUAUGGGCCAUCUUUCGCUGGCCGAAUGUCGAAGCUGGAGGACAUCGGUCAGAGUCCCAAAUGAACUACUGAAGACUUUGCCACUUCUUCGCGGGGCUCACGUAUGGGAUUGCUUGACUCGUCAUCACAGGCUCAGUAUAGUACUGUGUAAGGCUAAGCGUUCGGAAGUAGCUGCCGCCCACCUGCAUAAGACUCUUGUGCCGUGUGUCGAGUGGCCAGGAAUGGAUCUAUUGCUUUCCAUUGUUCAAGGACCAGACUCCUGCCCAGAUACCACUUCUACGAACACCGUGAUGGGCCACUCCAUUCACGCGUCAGACCCGACCAGUCAUGCAGGUCUGAUGUCGGACACCGCAGAGACCGCAGUUCCAUCCAAUAUCGCGGCCUCAGAUCAGGUGCAAAUGGAUCUAGUCACUUUACUCAACAACCCGGAGUCCUGCUCAUUACCACCCCCAGCCAACCUCGGCCUUAGCCAGCGUUGGCUCGCUGAUCUGAAGACUCAAGUUGUGCGUGACAUGCCCAGUGUCCAGGUCAACCAUCUUCAAGCGCUACAGCAAUGCCUUGAAAUACUUCAACACAUUUCCGGUAGAAAUAUCGCGCCUAAGACAGAGCUCGAUCGCGAGAGUGCAUCUCACAGUCUUGCUGUUAAUAGCGAAGCUAGAGAGAACAUGAGCUCCGUGGAAGAAGAAGCAAAAGAAGAAGAGCAAGCUGUUCCCAAAAGUGAAAAACGAACGGCAACGCCAAAGGACAAACCCCUCCAAGCUCUUCGGCUAGCAUCUUUGAUCAAUGGAACAGGACGAAGUUGCACGCCAAGGUCCAUCGAAUAUCAUACACAACCUUACCCUUCGGCACUGCCUCGUUGGACAGCUGCUUGA